GCGGCUGUUGCGCCUGCCUGCCGGCAAACCGUACAACACAACUGGGCGCCGCCGCGCUUGAUGCUUGAUACACCGACCGCGGCACUCUCUCAUACCGAUGCGACAGCCCGUGCGCGCGCUGCCUCGCGCGAGGAGGUCCUAAAGUCUGACACCAUAUCGGAGGCAGCGGACGUCAUCGGUCACGCAAAGGCGACGGCAGUCUACGCGAAGGGACGCACAGGCACGUGCGCCGUAUCGGCGAGUCGCUCGAAGGCUCCGUGAGUCCGCUGAUUUCCUGGACGCCUCGGACACAACGACGACACCGACUUCGUCUUCGUGUGAGCCGACUGAUGUCCGGCUGAUGCAUCUUCAAACAGUGCCGUGUGCAGCCCGUGCGGACAUCAUUGAGCUGGUUGCUUCUGAGCUUCCGUCGUGCUGGCAAUCCCUUUGUUUCAUUGGCGAGUGUAGGUCACUUCGGCCAUCUGCCUAUCUUAACUACCAGAGUGGAUAAGAUUUCUCUCCGAGUGGCCGUCGCGUUCGGUGCAUACAGACAAUGAGUCUUUGACCAGUGCACAUUCCAUGUUAGCGAUAUACAGCUGUGACGUCGGCGGCGAUAGAUAUCGACUGCUGCUUUGCACACAAGUGGCUCGGGGAAGUUCGACGCGUUGCACUUUUUGCGGAUUGCCGGUGUCGUGAACUCCUCGGGAGAACGCUGGGUGUCUUGUGCCACGUCUGUGAUCCGCCGCUCGGUGAUUAUAGUUCACCUGAAAAGCACGAGAAAUAGGGAGCACGAACCGUGACAGAGGUGGCCGAAAACGACGGGUUGUCGGACGCGACCUGGUUGCGAGUUGUUCGGAAGGCUCGUGUGAGUCUGUUGCUGACACUAACCGUUGCACAAGUGAAGACGUCGAGCGAGACCCGUGAUCGCGCGCCUGAUUCAUCGAGGAAUCCCAGACCUGCGAGGAUUACGGUGCUGGUGGUUAAUCGUGCCCUCUGUGUUUCGUGGAGGGGAGGGGUGAGAACCAAGUAUGGAUAUGCCGGAAAAGCCGCCGUCAACCUCCGAGCAAGAUAACAAAGGGGCCACGGUGGUCGCCUCGCUGCAGUCUGCUUUCAAGGUCAUGAUGAAUCGCCACAUCUCCUGGCCGUGGUCUCCGAGACUAGUGUACCACGUGAAUCCAAGUAGGAAUCGCCAUCUCAUGGAGGACAUCGUAUCUCCGUUGAGCACCUUGCGAAACAUUUCCGGUUCGACUCGAAGACGCGAGAGCCGCGCCCAGGCGAACGGCACUCUGCGGACGAUCCCGCCUCCGGCGACCGGCAAACCCGCGUCGGAACCGGGUCCCCCGCCGUCCAGGCUCCCUCCGUCGCCCACCGAGGGCUUCCACAGCAACAGGCUACUCCUAGCCCAGCCGACGGCUCAAGUGUACCGGGCGGGAUGGGUCCUCCGCACGCUCCUGCUGUACCAGGCGCCGCAGCUGGUGCGGGACCGAAAGUACCACACGCGCCACUUCCGGCGCUGCAUGGUGGGCACCGAGAUGGUGGACUGGCUGCUCCAGGUGCCGCCCACCCACAUGCGGCUUAACUCGCGCGCCCAGGCCGCUGGCAUGUGGCAGGUGCUGCUCGAAGAAGGAGUCAUCAAGCACGUGACGCACGAGCACCAGUUCAAAGACAAGUACCUAUUCUACCGUUUCCGGGAGGACGAAGAGGAACCGACCAAACUGCCCACAUCCGACGACAGACUCCACGCCGAGGAAGAGCUCCAAGACGUGCUGCUCCUGCUCAUGCAGCUCACACCAGACGCUGUGCUGCGCAUGAUCUUGAGGAAACCGCCCCUGGAGAGAACGUUGGAUGACUUGGACCUGAUUUACGAAGAGCUGCUGCACAUCAAGGCGCUGUCGCACCUGUCUAACAGCAUCAAGCGGGAGCUGUAUGGUGUGAUGAUCUUCGAAUCGCACGCUACCAGUGGCACCAUCCUGUUCAACCAGGGUGACGAAGGGAAGUCGUGGUACAUCAUCCUGAGAGGAUCGGUCAACGUAGUGAUCUACGGCAAGGGGAUUGUGUGCUCGCUACACGAAGGCGACGACUUCGGCAAGCUGGCGCUCGUCAACGACGCUCCACGAUCGGCGACGAUUGUGACCCGCGAAGACAACUGCCACUUUCUGCGCGUGGACAAGGAAGACUUUAACCGCAUCCUUCGGGAUGUCGAAGCGAAUACGGUGAGAUUAAAAGAACACGGUCAAGAUGUCCUGCUCCUUCAAAAGAUUCCAGCCGAUGCGCGGAACAGCAAUGGUGCCCACUCUCACUACAAGUACAUGGUGAUGGCAGGAACACCACAGAAGAUGCUGGAGCACCUACUUGAGACAAGAAUAGACAGUAGGACGGAAGAAGCCGCAGAUACUUUCCUGGAGGAUUUCCUUCUAACUCAUGUAAUAUUUAUGCCAAGUCACCAACUCUGUCCAGAACUCAUGAAGCACUAUCGCAUUGACAUGGCCAACUCUAGGCAAGAGAAGGAGUUUAUCCUUGCAAAUAAGAGGAGAGUGAUACAGUUUGCAAACAGCUGGGCCCUCACUGUUCGAGAAGCCUUUUUUGAGGACCCAACCAUCCAGGCAUUUGUCGAGGAACUGUGCAAAGCUGUAAAAGACGACAGCACACGAUACACAGGCUGUCUACAGGAGGAAAUCAAGACAAUGUCCAGGAUAAUGGACCUCCAAGAAAAGUAUAUCAAAGAGCAUGAAGCUGCAGCUCCCCAGCGGUGGAAAGUUAGCCCCUUCGGUCAAAUUCGCCACCUGUCAUCUGGAAGCACUACCUCAGAGGAAACAGUGGAUCACCACAGACCCAUCAAGCCAAAUGACGAGAUAAUCUUCAGGGUGUACUGUGCUGACCAUACAUAUACAACCCUGAAGACGGCAGUAAGCGCAACUGCUGAAUGUAUCAAAAGGAAUGCAGCUGAAAAGCUCAGCCUCAAGGAUGACCUGGUGCUCGUGGAGGUGAAAUCCUCAGGAGAGCGGAUAUCUUUCAAGGACUCGGAGGUGAGCGUGCCUACCGGACUCAGCAUCAAUGGCAGAAUCUUCAUUUCACCGGUGGACCAUUUAGACGCACUGACUCCUCUUAGCGAACAAGAGGGUCCACUGGAAGGAACGGGGGCUCUUCUGGAGACGCUCAGCUCGCAUGACAUUGCCUACCACAUGUCUCUUUAUGACUGGUACCUCUUUUCCUGCAUACAUGAGUAUGAACUGAUCUACCAGGUGUUUGGACGGCAUCAGUUCCGGAAGAUUAUGUCCAACCUGGAUGUGUUCCAGCGGAGGUUCAAUGAGGUGCAGUUUUGGGUUGUGACCGAAAUGUGCCUCGCCACAUCGCUCAGCAGGAGAGUGCAACUUCUACGCAAGUUCAUCAAGAUUGCUGCCCACUGCCGCGAGUACCAAAACCUCAACGCCUUCUUCGCCAUUGUUAUGGGGCUGAGCAACGUUGCUGUGAGCCGGCUCAGCCAGACGUGGGAGCGACUGCCGGGGAAGCUGAAGCGCACCUUUGCCGAGUUCGAGACCCUGAUUGACCCGUCUCGAAACCACCGACGCUACCGAGUGGCCGUGUCCAAGAUCAGCCCCCCGCUGGUGCCCUUCAUGCCCCUCCUGCUGAAGGACAUGACGUUCUGCCACGAGGGAAACAAGACGUACAUUGACGGCCUGGUCAACUUCGAGAAGAUGCACAUGAUUGGGCAAACACUUCGUUCACUCAGGCAUUCGCGGAGCCAAAGAAUAAAUCUGGAGCCACCCCCUCAGGGAAAAGUUCAGCAAGACGUCCGGGAGUACAUUAGGACUUUGAAAGUGAUCGACAAUCAAAGGAGGCUCACGCAACUGUCACAUGCCUUGGAACCGCGACGACCAUAACCUCCUGCCAGGCAAACGUUCCUUCGAACGAAGCAUGAAGCUCACGAAGCUAUGCGAGCUGCACACUGCUCUUCAUGGGUUUCACAUUGAAAUCAUAUUGUUUAUUGCCAUAAGCAGACAACUUUUACCAAGCCUUCGUGGACUAGCUUCAUAACUUCAAAACUUGUACUAGUCCGUUUGCGACACGGGGGACUAUUUGGAGGAUAAUCUUUAAAAAAAAAGAAUGACUAAACUACUGCUACAACUGUUGCAUGCACAUUCAAAAUAAAUGGCUGAUGUUAUACAUUGUUACACACACCACAUUAUCUGAACGGUCCCUCAAUUGCUUGUGAUUUAUUCUCAAAAAUGUGUGCACUGUUUUUCUGUUUGACUACCUUGUGAGAGCUGAAUGAACUUUUCCAAUCAGAUAUACUGUAGUGUGAGUAGCUGACCAGAUGUUUUUUGGUGUAGCGAAUGUGUUUGUGUGAACAAAGCUUCUUGGAAGAAGUUCUUGUACCUGAACCAUUUUCAAUGCUUCUCCUUUCCCUGGACGAGUUUGUUGAUAGCAUCAUCCAAAUUCCAAGGAAAUUGUACAUUUGUACAUAGUCGUAGUGCUAGGUAUGAACUCUGUUUCCCAGGUUUAAUUCAUACCACUAUUUAUUCAUAAUUCUAUUGAAAAUAUUCAUGCAACCAAUGUCAAACUCAUUGCAGCUCGUUGUUUCUAGCGAGCAGACAUGAUCAGUGCAAACCUUGCCAUGAACUUAGUUUUAUGUGUGAUUUAUUUAGGAGGUAAUUUCAGAAAAAGCUGAAUCCUUAAUGUUGGUUACAUGUAAUAUUAUUAUGGCAUCCUUUUUCCUUCAGAAGUUACUGUAAAGUCCUAUGUCUACCGUUAAUUCUUCUACACAUGGCAUGCUGUAAUUUCGACCAGAGUCUGAUGUUCUUUUCACUGUGCUGUGACAUAUGCUUUGUUCAUUCUGAAGUCUACACCUUUACACAUAUUUAUACAUACAUGUCAACUGUAUCCGUAUCAACUGCAUUGCAACAACCAUGUUGCAUACAGAGCACGGCAGUGCAAAUGAGUGUAUCUUGUGCACCCAUUAUAAUGUUUCUUUGUCAUGUCAUGCACACAAGCCCCCAUUCUUCUCAUCCCAUAUGCAGUAGUUGACCGUGUGUUUCAGGGCACUUGACAGCAAUAUAGGUAGAUAAUACUUAAAUUAAAAAAUAAUGCACCACCUUUAUCUGGAGAAGAAAACUAUGCAACGCUCUAGGCACAGCCAGUACUUCUGCGAAACGGGGUGCUAAUUUAUUUUCAAUUGACAUGAAUAUCUAAUCUUGAGACAAAGGAACUGAUGUGUAUUCAGAAUGUAAAUGUACUUUUUUUUUGCUACUACAAUGCCACAUUUUAAAAGAGUAAUAUUACAAUUUAUGGAGGAAUGGCUUCACAUUUAGAUGUUGCAGGUUACCAGAAUGAAAAGGAACUUAAUUUGUUUGCUGCAUCUACUUGGGAGCAAUUUAUUUAAAUCCAUGUUGUCAGCUUUAAAAAAAUAUUGAAUGUCUGAAUUGUAUGCCUUUCUUUCGGAGCAUAAAGCUGAUAGCGAUGUUUUCCUUUUUGUCUAUUACUUUAUGUGAUGUUGCCUUCCAUCUUAUGCCACUUUCCUGCAUAUUAUGCUUCCAUUUGUUGUUCCAGCAUUCAUUGUUGAAGGUGUUGCACAUAUUUUAGACUAUAAUAUAUUAUAACAUUUUCAAUAGCCAGUUUUGAAAAAGCAGUAUUGUUACAUGCUGUACUAUAAAUGAAAAGUGAUGAAUAUUGCUUUGUGAAACAUGUAAUAUAUUUAUGCAGAUAUAUUUAAAACUGUCACUCCCCUAUACAUAUGUAUAUUCCUCUUGUAAAAUAUGUUUUGAUAUUUGUAUGAAUAUACAGUGAAUGCAUAAAGUGACUAGGAAAAUUA